CCCGCGCCGCCGGCCCGGCGUCGGGAGCGCGCUCUGUGUGGCCGCUGCCGCCAUGUUGUUGUGGUUGUGAGGAGGAGGCGGCGACGGCGGAGGAGCACCCCGGCGAGACGCUCCAGCGGCCCAGGCGCUGCCCCCACCCCCACCCCCGCCGGCCCUGGCUGGGAGCCUCGUGGGGUGGCGGAGGAGGCCGAGCCGCGGCGGGCCUCACCAUGUCCUGCCGCCCGAUUUUCUUGUGAAACCUUCUAGUAGAAAAAGUUCUUGGGACGAAGUUCUUGACCCAGGCAGAAAGGAAAGGAUAGCUUUGCCAUACACUGAAGAAGGGACGGGGAUCUCUCCUCCUAAUCUGGGCCUCCUGUCAUGGAUGAAGAGACUCGGCACAGCCUUGAGUGCAUCCAGGCCAAUCAGAUCUUUCCCAGGAAGCAGCUGAUCCGGGAGGAUGAGAAUCUUCAGGUUCCUUUCCUUGAACUUCACGGAGAAAGCACAGAGUAUGUGGGCCGUGCUGAGGAUGCCAUCAUUGCCCUUUCUAAUUACAGACUUCAUAUCAAGUUCAAGGAGUCUCUUGUUAAUACUGCCUCUAAAUCUGCUGCUUCUGAAGUCCCAGUUCCGUUACAGCUUAUAGAAAGUGUUGAAUGCCGAGAUAUAUUUCAGCUUCAUUUGACUUGCAAAGACUGCAAAGUUAUCAGGUGUCAGUUUUCAACUUUUGAGCAAUGUCAAGAGUGGCUUAAGAGACUGAACAAUGCAAUCCGACCACCUGCUAAAAUAGAAGAUCUCUUCUCAUUUGCAUACCAUGCUUGGUGCAUGGAGGUUUAUGCCAGUGAAAAAGAGCAACACGGAGACCUGUGCAGACCAGGGGAACACGUAACAUCGAGGUUUAAAAAUGAAGUGGAGCGGAUGGGUUUUGAUAUGAUCAAUGCCUGGAGGAUUUCCAACAUCAAUGAGAAGUACAAGCUGUGCGGUAGCUAUCCACAGGAACUCAUCGUGCCUGCCUGGAUCACGGACAAAGAACUGGAAAGUGUAGCAGGCUUCAGGUCCUGGAAGCGCAUCCCUGCCGUCAUCUAUAGGCACCAGAGCAAUGGAGCCGUCAUUGCCCGCUGUGGGCAGCCGGAGGUCAGCUGGUGGGGCUGGCGAAAUGCUGACGAUGAGCACCUGGUGCAGUCAGUAGCCAAAGCUUGUGCCUCCAACUCCCGAUCGAGCAACAGCAAGCUGACAACGAGGAGCGGUGCUCGGGACUUCCCCAACGCAGACCUUUCCGACGCGGAGUUCGAUUCUUCUCUGUCACAUGCCUCAGGAGCAGAGAGCCUAGCCAUCCAGCCGCAGAAGCUUCUGAUCUUGGAUGCGCGUUCCUAUGCUGCUGCGGUGGCAAACAGAGCCAAGGGAGGAGGCUGUGAGUGCCCAGAGUAUUACCCCAACUGUGAAGUUGUGUUUAUGGGGAUGGCAAAUAUUCACUCCAUUCGGAGGAGUUUCCAGUCUCUGCGGCUGCUAUGCACACAGAUGCCAGAUCCGGGAAAUUGGCUCUCAGCUCUUGAAAGCACAAAGUGGCUCCAUCACCUGUCUGUGCUUUUGAAGUCGGCGCUUCUGGUAGUGCAUGCUGUGGAUCGAGAUCAGCGGCCAGUGCUGGUGCACUGCUCAGAUGGCUGGGACCGCACCCCCCAGAUUGUGGCAUUGGCUAAGCUCUUGCUGGACCCUUACUACCGAACCAUAGAGGGGUUCCAGGUCCUUGUGGAGAUGGAGUGGCUAGAUUUUGGUCACAAGUUCGCUGAUCGGUGUGGUCAUGGGGAGAACUCAGAUGAUCUAAACGAGCGAUGUCCAGUGUUUCUGCAGUGGCUUGACUGUGUUCAUCAGCUUCAGAGGCAAUUUCCUUGCUCUUUUGAGUUCAAUGAAGCAUUCCUUGUGAAACUGGUGCAGCAUACCUACUCCUGCCUCUUUGGGACAUUCCUGUGCAACAACGCCAAGGAGAGAGGGGAGAAGCACACUCAGGAGCGGACCUGCUCUGUGUGGUCGCUGCUUCGGGCAGGCAACAAGGCUUUCAAAAACCUCCUGUAUUCCUCUCAGUCAGAAGCCGUGCUGUACCCUGUGUGCCACGUGCGGAACCUGAUGCUGUGGAGUGCGGUGUACCUGCCCUGCCCAUCCCCGUCCACCCCCGUGGAUGACAGCUGUGCCCCGUACCCAGCCCCGGGCAGCAGCCCUGAUGACCCGCUCCUGAGCCGGCUACCAAAGACCAGGUCAUUCGACAAUCUGACCACAGCCUGCGACAACACGGUGCCUCUCGCCAGCCGGCGCAGCAGCGACCCCAGCCUGAAUGAGAAGUGGCAGGAGCACCAGCACAGGCGCUCCCUCGAGCUAAGCAGCCUGGCUGGGCCUGGGGAGGAGCCCCUGGACCCUGACAGCCUGGGCAAGCCAGCCAGAGUGCUGGGCGGCGCAGAGCUCUCUGUGGCGGCGGGGGUGGCCGAGGGGCAGAUGGAGAACAUUCUGCAAGAGGCCACCAAAGAGGAGAGUGGGGCCGAGGAGACUGUCCCGAGGGGGAGCACGCUGAUGCAGGAGGGCACAGAGGAGGCUCCCUCAGGACAAGACAGCAGGGGGAAGGCCCCUGAGGACUCGGCCGUGGUGCUUCACCAAGCAUCACCGCUGGAUCCUGCUGUGCUGAGGAGCCCUCCAGGCACCAGCCUUCCUCUCCCCGCACAGGGGGCUCCUGCCCAGCAGGGCGGGCACAGUGUUCUUCCCGGCGCUCUCCAGGAGCCCCCCGUGGGAGAGGACGUCCAGGAGCCCCUCGGGGAGCAGCCUCCAAUCGGAGCUAUCGCAGAGGACGGGGAGGAAGCAAUGACUACAGUCCCAGUUGACGCAAACAUCGAUUAUGGUACCUCACAGUCAAGUUCCCCGCUGCUCUCCCAAGUCCCAUUUGAGGCCAGAGGACCAAACGUGGACAGUUCUUUGGACGUGUUAAUGGAAGAUAAAGUGAAGUCAGACAAUGGGCCUCAUCACAGACCUUGCCCGGUAAACAGUGACAGGCUUAGUGGCAAGGACAUGUUUCCUGCAGCUGAGGAGCCCAGGCCCCCAGAGGAGAGCCUGGCCGAGAGGCCCCCAGUGGGAUCUGGGGUGCAUAGGACUUCCCCUGGCAGCACCCACAGCCCCGCACGUCGUCCUUGUGCCUUGCCUGUAGCUGAAUGUAAAGAGGGGCUUGUGUGUAACGGUAUCCCAGAGACUGAAAACAAGGCCUCUGAGCAGCCCCCAGGGCUUAGCACCCUCCAGGAGUAUCCCACCCCCAACGGGCACUACGCCAAUGGGGAGGCUGGCCGGAGCAAGGGCUCCCUGAGCUGCCAGCUCUCUGCUAUAAGCUGCAGCUCCGCCCACUUACACUCGAGGAACUUGCACUACAAGUGGCUACACAGCCAGACAGGGAGGCCAUCUGCAACCGGCAGCCCUGACCAGCCUUCUCGCAGCCACCUGGAUGACGACGGCAUGCCUGUGUACACGGACACUAUCCAACAGCGCCUGCGUCAGAUUGAAUCGGGCCACCAACAGGAAGUGGAGACCUUGAAGAAACAAGUCCAAGAGCUAAAGAGUCGCCUGGAGAGCCAGUAUCUGACCAGCUCUCUACGCUUCAAUGGGGACUUUGGGGAUGAAGUGAGUCCUUCAGAGAGAGGACAGGCCCAAAGCACUCAAUUUCAGCACACAGAUACUUCAAUCCCCGACUCGGAAAGCAAUCUGGAUCAGAACUCUUUGUCUCGCUGCAGCACAGAGAUUUUCUCUGAAGCCAGCUGGGAGCAGGUGGAUAAACAGGACACAGAGAUGACCCGUUGGCUCCCUGACCACCUGGCUGCCCACUGCUAUGCCUGUGACAGCGCCUUCUGGCUCGCCAGCAGGAAACACCACUGCAGGGACACUGACCGUGUUGAUCAAACGUGGAAUUGUGGGAAUGUAUUCUGCUCCAGUUGUUGUAAUCAGAAGGUUCCAGUUCCCAGCCAGCAGCUCUUUGAACCCAGUCGAGUAUGCAAGUCUUGCUAUAGCAGCCUACAUCCCACGAGCUCCAGCAUUGACCUUGAACUGGAUAAGCCCAUUGCUGCCACUUCAAACUGAAACUCCGUGACCUGGGGCAGGCAGAGCCAAGCUGCUGCUCCUGUGCCAGGCCCGCCCGCCUGGCAGCCCGUGAGGCCCGCGCCCUUUGGAAUGGGGCUUGGAACCACCUGUGCAGAGUGACAGAAAUUGGGAUGUACCACUGGAUUGUAAAUUGAUUUUUCUUUCCUGUUUUUUUCCCCCCUCCCCUCCCCUUUCCGUCUUCCCCCCGUUCCCCAGAAGAAAAAUGCUCCCCUGGCUGUCUUGAGGAAAAAGGAAAAGUGUUUAAUGGGUACCAGAGAUUGCCAGGCCCCGCUAAGCUGCCUGUUGUCAGGUGAUACUGAGGGCUGGCUUGGUUUCUCAGGAUGGAAGGAGGCUGGUCAGAGUCGGGAGUGGAGGCCUGAGGAUGCACGGGAAGGGCCAGUGCUAAUUUGUGACCAUUCCUCUCGCCAAUCAGAGCUGGUUGGAAACCUUGGCUGCUGAGGAGGCUGGAAGCAUCUUCCCUAAGAGCAUUGCCCUGGGCACCCGCUCCCUCCUGCCAGGGGCCAGUCCUACCUCACAGGCAGAGGAGACUGGCUUUUGGGGGAAGGAAGGUGUAUGUUCUGAGGCAGUGAGAGGGGAGGGCUGGGUGGUCGGCAUGGGAUUGUGUGAACUUGAUCCAGGGCUCCCUUCUGUCUAGGGUCUGCCUCUUCGCCAGGCUGUGUAGUGCUUCCCACUCUCUGGCAUAGGAGUGCAGACUGGUCAAGUCUGUUGCUGUGGCCAAGGCCAGAGCCUGCCCUGAGCCCAGGCACCUGGUCCCCCAAACAAUCUCUCGUCCUUGGCUAGCACAGGGAAAUCCAGACUCAGGGUUCCAAAAACUCCCCACUCCCAAAACAAAUCAUGGACCUCCCCCUCCAGGGGUAGAAUCAGCCUUGUAGAGUUCAGCCUCUGGGAAGGGGCGUGUCCCACACAAUCAGCCUUCCGCUCCUGCCCUGCCCCUGUGCUGCCGCCAGCAGUGAAGGCCGCCGGGUGACUGCGGUCCUCCGGUCCUCGGAAGUGACAGCCCAUAAGCAGUUCAGGGCACCUUCCCUCAGUAAGCUUUGAUGUGGUCCCAAAGAGCCUUAAAUCAAGAGUAUUUGUGGUGGAGGUGGGUAUGGGGAAGGGGUGGAGAGUGAGGUUGUGCUUUGUAAUCUCGGUUGGCAUCCAUGUUUUGUGCCUGCCCUCCCUUCCUGGGUAGGGCCAUGCUUGGGCUGCUGAAGCUGCUAAGUGGUCACCAGGCGGAUUGUGGUGAGUGAGUGGUGGGGAUGAGACCGGGGAGCGCUUUCUGGAAGCGGUUCCCUGUUCUAAGAAGCUCUGUCUCAGGAAGGCGGCUCUGUGUGUGCCUGGCUAGGGUUAAGACGGGGCCCAGAGGCCAUCCCUGGAGCAGCCAGCCCCCAUCCCGGCAGAGCCAAGAGCACCUGAGCACGAGCCGACCUCCCGUGGCAGCAGGUGGCGGAGGGUGCAUUUGGUGAAACAGGGUGUGGCUCUCCACACUGUGGUCUCCCUGCGCUGACAGGGAGGAGUCAGUCUAAGUGAAGAUUGUGCAUUUCUUAGUGACAGGUGCCAAGAGGUUAUGAUACGGGUUUCUUGGGUCUGAUGUACAGUGUGAAUAAAUGCUUGCAGCUCUUAGCCCUUUUUGGAUCAAUGAAGCACUUUUUUAAUAUUUUCCUUUGUAUGUAAAGGAGGAGCCGUAACUCUCCGUAGCUGUACAUAUAACCCUUUUUCCUAAAGAGGAGUCAGUGCUCCUAUAUUUUUCAUUUUUUGUCAAAGCAAGAAGUAAAUACUUUAGAACUGUUAAAUAUAUAAAUAAAGUGAAUAAAGUUUAGUGUUCCGCAUGGUA